UGCUGCCUACUAGUCUACUACUAGACUACUCCAUAUAGGUUAUAGUGUGCACCUUGAGGCAAAACAGUCGACGUCGAAAGCUUCUCGGGAGCAGCGCGAAAUUCGUUCGCCCGCCGGUGUCGGAUAAUUUUUAUUCCCGAAUGAAAUUUCGAAUUUUUAGCGCCAAAAAUUAUUUUUCAAAUUUCCCCCCAAUUUCCCGCGUGCCGUGUGAAAAUAUACAUACAUACCAAGUGCGCAUAGUUCGCCGAUGGGCAAUUUCGCGGAUUAAGCGGACUUUUAACGAAUGUGAUUAGAUCAUGGGCCGGAAUUGCAUUAUUCCGGUUGGACGUCAAACUCUGCGACGACCGCCCAUCAGCCGGCCAUCGACAAUUUGAUCGAUUGCAGAGAUUUCCAGGGGGAAGAAGAAAAAAGGAAACAAAAUCGUGGCCAUGGAAGUCGAUGUGAUUGGAUGGAACAAUUUACGACAGUCGUCGACCUGGUUGACGAUGGCCGCCGGCUCGUUGGAUUAUUCCGGCGAUCCGUCAACCCUCAACAACCAAACUCUGACUGGCGGCCCGGUAGAUCCGCCGGAAGACGAUGGAUCCAACACAAUAGCCAUCGGCGGAAGCGGAGGCGGUGGAAUGAUUGAGAAUUACAGUUUGACGGAGACGAUCCUCAUUAGCGCCGCCCUUUUGUUCAUCAUCGUCGGCACCGUCGUCGGCAACAUCCUCGUCUGCGUCGCCGUUUGCCUAGUCCGUCGCUUGCGACGUCCGUGCAAUUACCUGCUGGUGUCGCUGGCCGUGUCCGACCUGUGCGUGGCCCUGCUGGUGAUGCCCAUGGCGCUGGUCUACGAGGUGCUGGGCACUUGGCCGUUCGGCGCCAGCGCCUGCGACACUUGGGUGGCCUUCGACGUCCUGUCGUGCACGGCGUCCAUCCUCAACUUGUGCAUGAUCAGCGUCGACCGCUACUGGGCCAUCACCCGCCCGCUGGACUAUGGCGUCAAACGGACGCCGGCCCGGAUGAUUUCCUGCGUCGCCCUCGUCUGGAUCUCGUCCGCCUGCAUUUCUCUGCCGCCUUUGCUCGUCCUGGGCAACGAGCACGGACCAUCCGCCACUCCUCAUCCACCGGCCACCACCACCAGCAGCAGCAUCCUGCCCAGCCACAUUAAUUACAAUAACAGUCAAAUGAGUCCGAUGACCGUGUCCAGCAACGGACCAUUGGCCAAUUUCUUUGAAUUGGCCACGGCUGCUGCCGGACAAGAUUACCAGUGUCAAGUGUGUCAAGAGUUUGGCUACCAGAUCUACGCCACCCUGGGCUCGUUCUACAUCCCGUUGGCCGUCAUGGCGGCCGUCUAUUACCAAAUCUUCCAGGCGGCCAAACAGAUCGUCGACGAAGAGAAAAAGGCCCAAAGUCAUUUGCUGAUGACCAGAACCAACAGCUGCGCCAAACAAAAAGCGGCGGCAGCCGUCGGUGGUUCUGGCCAGCCUCAGCAACCGGUCCAGUCAUCUCUCCUGGUCCGUCCUCUCCACCAGCCCAGUCUCUGCACCAGCGCCGCCAUGGUUGUUGUCCGUCGUCACAGCGACCGACGGAAUUCCUCGAUGGACAGCACGGACCACAGCUGGGUGGGCAACCAUUGCAACGGUGUCGUCCGUCCAACAACUUGGCCGCCAAACCAUGACGUCUGCAUUUCGUCAUCUUCCGCCUCUUCCUGCUCUUCCCUAAUGGGCACGGUGAGAAACGAGUCGAAAUUGCAGAGUCAGGCGAAAGAAAAGGAAAAAAUCCAGGAGAAAGUCCAGACAUCCGGUGCCCCUCAUCCGCUGAGUCGACUGGAUCAGGUCAACAACAUGUCGCUGCUGGACAUUCCCCGCAGCGUGAGCAACAACUGCCCCCGUCGCCGCUAUUCCUCGUCGGCCGCCAGCACGGCCGAAAUCCACGUCUACGACGACGACGAUCCGGAAGGAUCGAACCGGCGGAGCCGCAAUCCCUCAGUCGGCAACGCCCAACUGUCGGGCGCUCCUGAUCUCUCGUCCACCCAGUCAACAGGAGCCGCUGCUGCUCUCCAUGUUCCCUCGGCAGUGCCAGCGGCCCCUCACCGGAAUAAUCGCCAGAGCAUCCGCACUCCCACCCACCAGGAGAAUCAACUCCAGCGGCGAGGAAGUCGCAACCGAUUGCGUUUCGCACUCAACAAGGAGCGCAAGGCUUCGACGACGUUGGGGAUCAUCAUGAGCGCCUUCACGUUGUGCUGGUUCCCGUUUUUCGUGCUGGCCCUGGUCCGUCCGUUCAUGAGCCACCAGACGGCCUCGUUGGUCAUCCCGCGCUGGUUGUCGUCGCUCUUCCUCUGGCUGGGCUACGCCAACAGUUUCCUCAACCCCGUCAUCUACGCCACCACCAACAAGGACUUCCGGUUGCCCUUCCGCGAGAUCCUUUGCCUCAGGUGCAAGUCCCUUAACUCGGUCAUGAGGGAGGAUUUCUACCAGUCGCAGUACGGCAAUGAAGCCAACAAAACGGCCCUGGCCUUGGCCGGCGGUGCCACUCAGUUGUCUGCAACCGCCUUUCUCUAAACAACCGCCCCUUAAAAUAAAAAUAUUUGAAAAACUUUCAACCACAAAAUAAAAUUUCAAAGAUUUGAAUAGACACCGAAAAUCCUCUGAUUUAAUAGUCAUCUUUUGUUGUUGUUGCUGUUGGUUCAACAACAUUCCCAUAAACGUGUGUGUUGUCAUUAUUUGGCCCUGUGUCUGUAGGUUUGUCCAUUUUCUUUUCAAAAAAUUAUCUGUUUGCCGCCGGCGUAACUGUCAACCGUGUAUCAUAUCUCACUGUGUGGUAAUCUCGUUGAGUGUAACUCAUUUUGACUGAUUCAAAAAGAAGGUCUAUAUAAAAUCCUAUACGUGUAGAGUUUAUUUAUUGAUAUUUAUCCGGCUGGCGCUCAUCAUCCAUCGUUUGUUAUUUGACGUUGAUGUCGUCGUGUGUUUCGUUCAUAAAUCCCAAAUAUUUACACGUUAUAACCGUCAUUUUCUUGUAUCGGAGACGCGUUGAUAUAUAUACAUUCUAUCCCUUGGCAAACAAAUUGGAUGUCACCAAUGUGUAUAAAAUAAGGUCCAAUGUUAUUUAUAUUUAUCCCGCCAGAAAUGACAGCACAAAAU